CCUAAGAUGGCGGCCGGGCGGCCGUUUGCCAGUCGAAGAAAGGAUGUGGAGUGGGCUACUGCCUCCUGGCCUAAAUGAAAGUGAUAGUGAGUCCAAUUCUGAAGAUGAAGCCAUACCUGAGAACUCCAAGUUUAACGUACAAGCAGUUAAGGAGGAUGGGACCCGUAGGAAACCAGAUGCCUCAGAGUUCCUGGAAGAUGAGCCAGAAACUGAGCCCGGGGUCCAGGCAAAUGCAUAUGAAGAGUGCCCUUCUGGAAUUCCUAUAAAUAUGUGGAAUAAAUUUCAAGAACUGCAUAAAAAACAUUCUGAACAGAAAAUUUCAGCCUCAAGAUUCAGAGGGAGAAAAAGAAAGCGCUCCAGAAAAGGUAAGUUGAAGAAUGAAAAAGAAUCUCAUAGUGAACAGUUCUCAAAUGAAGCCCAAUGGAAGGAGCUUACUCAGUAUUUCAGAGCCAAUGAUAGAUUUGAACCUCCUGUGAAAAAGAAAAAGGUUGAAAAGUCAGGUCUCGAAAAGAGGAUAGACAAGGCUGUGGAGGAGUGGGAUGUUGAGAAGGCUGAGGACCUCAGCAAUCAGCUAGCUACGCGAGAGCUUGGUGUAAAAAAUGCCAAAGCAAUUGCCUGCCACAAGUUUGUAGAAGCCAAAAAGGAAGCUGAAAAUUCACAGGCUGCUCGAAAGAAGAAGCAGCUGGCAUGGGGAGUUGAAGCAAAGAAGAGAUAG